AUGGUAAAGCUAAAGAAAGCACAAUAUAUGGAAAGCAAAAUAUCUAUGAAUUCCUACAACCAAAAACUAAUGUGGAAAUGUCUCAAAGAUACUGUUAGUAUGACCACCAACACAACUAAAAUAAAGAAAGUGGUAUUAAAUGGCGUGUGGAUCGAAGAUGAAAAUGAGAUAGCAAAUGAGCUUAAUAAAUAUUUUGUGGAAAGCAUCAUGUCAAUUCAUAAUAGUAUCGAAAACAUUGUAAUGAAUGAAGAGCGUGAAGUUUUGGACAGAAACAUAUUUGAAUUUAGGAGGGUCACCACGGAUGAUAUAAUUAAAACUGUUUCGUCAUUAAAAAAUAAAUAUGGUGGUAAAAAAAUGUUAACGGAAGGUGUAAUAAAAGACUCUAUGGAGUACUUGGGAUAUACAUAUGUCUGCCUAAUCAAUGAAAGCUUCUCUCAAGGUAUUUUCCCGGAGCGCUGGAAAAUCUCUGUAGUUAUUCCAGUGGAAAAGAUUAGAGGAACAACAAAACCAGAAGAACUGCGUCCUAUAAACACAUUGCAAUGUGAUGAAAAAAUAAUUGAAACAAUAGCCAAAGACCAACUGCUACAGUAUCUUGAUGACCAUCAAAUUAUAAUACAGGAACAAUCUGGGUUUAGAUCUAAGCACUCGUGUGAAUCGGCAAUAAACUUGCGCACCGGCUAUCCAUUUGGUGAAUCUUGCUCAAACGACUGUUAUAUAUAUCAAACAACAGGUAAAAAACCGAGUGUUAAGCGAAUAGAGGCUACUGGUGAUGCGCCAAUUCCGCAAUAUGGACCGGGAAUAGUUUUACACGAACAUUAUUUAUAUACGGUUGGGGGAACAACUGGCUAUGAUUACUCUUGUGAUGUGCAUCGCUUAAAUUUGCGCACACGAGUGUGGGAAUGCGUAUAUAUCUGUCGUCCAGAUAUACGCGAAGAUCCAGAGGGUCGUUAUCGUCACGAAGUUGUCUACGAUGGGCAAUACAUAUAUGUGCUGGGUGGUGGUACAUCGAAUUUAGUGUAUGAUUUACAACGCAUCCCUGCAUUUAAUUUAAUUACAAACCGAUGGGAAUAUUUCGUCACAUUACCCGAUCGAACAUCACAAACAAAUCUAAAAAUCGAGCGACAAAAUUCCGGAUAUCCAAACCCACGAAAGUGCUUUUCCUGCGUACAGCACACGAAAUCGAAUGGUGAGGUCGAAGCAUUCAUUACGGGAGGCUUGCAGGCCGAUCAAGUAUAUUUUUCAGAUAUAUGGAGAUUAAAUUUUACUACUAAGCAAUGGACACUUAUAAAAACAGCCUCUCUACCAAAAGCUUUGUACUUCCAUGCCGCAGCGCACAGUCAAAAUGGUUGUAUGUACAUAUUCGGUGGUAUUGAAUAUGAUGAAAAACGUAUACGACGGUGCAAUGACCUUUAUAAAAUGUGGAUGACCAUACCAUUAUUAAGUGAAAUUUGCUGGGAGGCAGUGUUACAUUACAGACCAAAUCUCAAAUUGAAUGGCCACUCACAGCUGCUUAAAAUGGGCAUACCAUUGCGCUUUGCACAGAGAUUGUGGCAUUCUUCAAAAGUCAAAUGAUUAUACAAUAAAUGAAGAGAUAUAUGGUAUGGUAUGUCAUGUAACGAGCAAUAAGAAGCGACAAUUUUUAUGUUUCAUUCUAGACAUAAAAGCAUAAUUAUUGUUUGCUAACCAUUUAGGAAUGACAUAGUUUCAUAUGGAAGAAAUGGAACCAAAAGAAUAAACAUAAUAAA